GAGGGCGGGGCGUGCCCGGGCGGGGGCGUGGCCAGGUGCCCGGGCUGCGAGCAGGAAGUGGCCCGGUGCGGCCCUGGGCGCCUCCUGCGGACGCCGGGAGCGGGAGCGGAUGGCGGCGCUGGCUCCGGGGGGCUCCGGGGACCCCGUGGAGGCCGCCCUGGACGGCCUGGUCCGCAAUUUCACGUACGGGGCCUCGGGCGCUGCCAACGGCUCCCUGUCGGGCGCGUGGUACCGCAGCCACCAGGUCCACCUGUUUGGAGUUGUGCUAGCCGUCCUAGGAAACGUGGUGAUCAGCAUUUCCCUCAACAUUCAGAAGUACUCACACCUGCAGCUGGCACAGUGCCCAGAGCCCCGCCCCUACUUCCGGAGCCCACUGUGGUGGGGCGGGGCCGUGCUCAUGGCCCUGGGCGAGGUGGGCAACUUCGCCGCCUACGGCUUCGCACCCAUCACCCUCGUCGCCCCGCUCGGCUGUGUGUCGGUCACAGGUAGUGCCAUUAUUUCUGUUAUGUUUCUGAGAGAAAACUUGAGAGUCUCAGAUUUGUUGGGUAUGACGCUGGCAUUCGCAGGAAUCUACUUACUGGUGAACUUCGCCCCCGGUAUAGUGCAGACACUCACGGCCAGAACAAUACAGUAUUACUUCGUUGGCUGGAAGUUCAUGGUCUACGUGAUCUUAGAGAUCCUGGUUUUCUGCGUCCUGCUCUAUUUCCACAAGAGGAAGGGGCUGAAGCACAUGGCCGUCCUGCUCUCACUCGUGUCCCUCCUGGCCUCCCUGACGGUGAUUUCCGCACGAGCUGUCUCGGGCAUGGUCACCGUUUCCGUGAUGGGGAAGAUGCAGCUGACGUACCCCAUCUUCUACAUCAUGCUUAUCAUCAUGGUCUCCUCGUGUGUCUUCCAAGUCAAGUUCCUGGAUCAGGCCACCAAGCUGUACAGCACGGCCGCCUUGGUGCCCGCCAACCACAUCUUCUUCACCACCAGCGCCAUCACGGCAGGGAUCAUAUUUUAUCAGGAGUUCCUUGGGGCCGCCUUCCUCACUGUAUUUAUAUACCUUUUUGGGUGUUUCUUGUCAUUCCUUGGCGUGGUUUUGGUCACCAGAAACCGAGAGAAGGAACAUCUGUCCCAGCCUUACAUUGAUUUUGGAAAUGUUCCUGGGAAGCAAACGCUGGACAAGAUACAGCCUGAGCCCAGCGGCUCAUCCUACGGCACGCUGCCCGAUGUGGGGGAGAAGAAGGAGGCGUAGGCCGGGGAGCGCCACCCCACCCAGCUCUGAGAACACGCUUGCCCCCCGCAGAGUCCACGGUGCCGCCCAGCCGACCGCGGCCAGCUCUCCCGCCUUCCCUGGCCAGCGGCCGUGAACAGAGAAGAGUCCCUCAGCCUGGGGCUCGCCCCCCACCCCGCCCGGCUUGGGGGUCCUGACCUGGGGGUCCCGGCCUGGCUUUCAAGCACCCCAGCAGCAGCGGCCUGAGCACCCUCCCCCGACUCGAAGCCUAGGUGGGCACUGGGACCCAUCUGGGAGAACAUCAGGGUGCCGCUCACUUUUCCGGCCGGGCUCCCAGGGUGUCAGCCGGAAAGCCUUUGGCCAGUGGGCUCUGAUGACCGAUGGGGACGCCUCAGACGUAGGCCCGCUCGCUCAUUUAAAAAUGCAGUGACGCCCGUUCUCAUCUGUCUGACCCUCUGACGUCCAGCCCAGACCGACAGCCUCCCGAGCCUUGGAAAUCCCACAGAAGGGCCAGGAGGUGGCCGAGGGCUGGAGCCCAGCCCCAAGCCGAGGGUGCAUCCCCCACUGCUGCCCCCCAAAAAUAACCCUCAAGUUCUUGGUGGAAUUUCCAGCAGCACUGACACCCCCCUCCCCUGCCGCCCCCGAAGCCUCUCUGACCUCUACAGCCCUACGUGGGGGGACAGGUGGGCCCAGAACUGGGUCUCAGCCCCCUCUCUCCUGGCCCACCUGGCGGAUUUCGGGAGGAAGAAGCCUGCACCCGGCAGCUUUGCAGCCCCACCUGCUCCCAUGCACCCGCAGGCAGAGGUCAGGGAGGGAGUGUGUGACCACCUUCUGUCCUCCGUGGCCCCCACACCUCCCCGGCCGCCUCCCACCCACACUCAGGUCCAGCCAGGAGGCCAGUGGUUUGCUCCAGCUCAGUCGGCGCGGCUCCUUGGUGCAUUCUGGACGGAUAGACGGACACGGCCAGACAGUGUCAAGUGCAUGCAUCUGUCACACACAUGCUUCUGCACACAUUCACGUCUGCUCCUGUGCACGCCGACUUAAGCAUGUGGACAUACAUGGGUGCUUACGUGCACGCUCCCGUGCAGCCUCAGCCCCUGAGCACGCAGAUACAUGUGUUUCGUGUGUGUCCAUCAAUCACACUGGGCGCACCCUCUGCAGGCAGAACUAGGAACCGCACGUGGAGCACAGAACACCCCAAAAGUGCCCCCCACCCCCUCUGCCAUUCAGGAUAGAACUGGGUUGAGUUUGGGAAGAAAUGCAAACUCCCAGGGGCUCAGUCCAGCCUGAAAUGGAAGUGCCACUGUGAAGGAAAGGCACGUCCCUCCUGGGGACAGGCAGGGGGCAGCGGGAUCCCCCCUGGAGCUGGGCUCACCGCCUGCAGCUCCUUUUAAGGCGCGCUCGUUGCUAGAACGGCCCCAAAUGCCAUUUCCAUUCUCACAGUCCCCCCCAGUCUCUGUAACCUCAGAUGUCAGGGGUGACCUCCCCGAAGAAGUCACGGGUAACCUCCGUGCCAGCCGGCAGCACCCACACAGCCGCAUAAUGGGGGGUCGGGGCACAGUCCCGUGCUCCUGCCCCCCCUGUUCUAUAUAUAUGCAAAAGAGUCAUCAGGAAUAAAACAAUU